CCUCUUCCACUCUCCCUCUUCCCAGCUAAAAAAAAUAGAAAAGAAAAAGAAGAAAAAGGGAGAAAGAGAAAGCGAAAGACAACAGACACGAUGAAGGCCUCCACCAUCCUCUCCGUCUCCAUCUCCCUUGUGCUCGCUCUCUCUACCACAGCAGCGGCAGUAGCAGCUCCCCUACAAGACACCAGUCUCCUCGACAAAGCGUUCCGCGAACUCAACGCCGACACCUGCGGUCAGAUCUGUGACGGCCAAUUUCCCUGCAAGGGGAAGUGCAACAAGUGCAUCAACUUUACCUGCCGUCAUCGCUGAGUAGCGUUCAGCCUACCCAAACAGGGCGCACACGGUGAUCGGAUUCAACCGAUGACGGCUCUGGAAUCAACGCUCCUACUCUGUCUAAUACUAUUCGUGCGGUUCAUUGCGUGGGCGGAGUGGAUGAUGGGCGGCGACGGAGAUGACGAGUGGAGAGAGGCAGUCGCCCAGGCUUUGGCGGAUUGAUCAGAUCAUUGUCUGAGUCUAGUCUCCUUCUGAUGGUUCAACCCUGCGGAUUUUCAUGUAUCAUAUUAUCGAGACGGUAUCAGCAAUCGGUUCCUUGAAUACCUUAUGGGUGUUGAAAGGCGCUGUGGGCAAGGAUCAUGCCUUGCAACAUGCCAGUGAC